AUGAAAGGCACACCUAGUGAACCACAGUGCGGAUUUAGCAGAGCUGUUGUUCAAAUAUUUAACACUCAAGGAAUUGAUAGCACAAAGAUCAAAGCUUUAAAUGUGUUAGAAGAUGUGGAAUUAAGAAAUGGAAUCAAAGAAUAUUCGUGA